CACGGUGACGUCGCAGGGAUAUCUUCGCAGUCGGAGGCGUGAGAUGAAUCACUGAAUUCGCCGGUGGCAAGAAGGCACAGCCCAUUCUCUUAAAGCAAGCGUGAGAGAAACGUGUUUGGAGGUGGUUUCUGUCUCUCUAGAAUGGCUGUAAAGAUGGCUCUCAGAGGUUCAUUCCUUCGUCUCUUCAAAAGACAGUUGGAAUCGCCUGUACAAGAAAAGAAGUAUGCCCAUUCUGUGGCGAUUAUUGGGGCUCCGUUCUCUAAAGGACAGAAGAGGAGAGGAGUCGAGCACGGACCCAGGGCCGUGAGGGAUGCUGGGUUGUUCGAGAGGCUGUCUUCACUGGGUUGUCAGGUGUAUGAUUUGGGAGAUCUGAAUUUCACCCACCUGGCCAACGACGACAUCUACAAACGCAUCCCCUUCCCGCGCACGACGGGGCUCGCCAGUAAGGUGCUGGCGGACGCGGUGAGCGGCGCAGUGGGAGCGGGGCACACCUGUGUCACACUGGGAGGGGAUCACAGUUUAGGGAUCGGCUCUGUCCAGGGCCACUCCCGGCAGUGUCCGGACCUGUGUCUGAUCUGGGUGGACGCGCACUCUGACAUCAACACCCCCCUCACCUCCCCCUCGGGGAACCUGCACGGCCAGUCUGUGUCCUUCCUGCUCAAGGAGCUGCAGGACAAGGUGCCUGCCAUCCCUGGGUUUUCCUGGGUCACGCCUGGCCUCUCCUCUUCAGAUAUCGUGUACAUUGGACUCAGGGAUGUGGACCCUGGAGAGCACCACAUUCUGAAGACCUGUGGAAUAAAGUACUUCUCAAUGAGAGAAAUAGACAGAGUGGGGAUUCAGAGAGUAAUGGAAAUGACCUUCGCCCAUCUGCUAGAAAGAAAGCAAAAACCAAUCCAUCUCAGCUUUGACAUUGAUGCGUUUGACCCCUCUUUGGCCCCUGCUACUGGAACCCCGGUGAUGGGAGGAUUGACGUACAGAGAAGGCAUCUACAUCAGUGAAGAGAUUCACAACACAGGCCUGCUGUCUGCCAUGGAUCUGGUGGAAGUGAACCCCACACUGGGAACCACGCGGGAGGCAGUGGAAGCGACGGCCAGCCUGGCCGUGGACGUGAUUGCUGCAUCUCUGGGUCAGACGAGAGAGGGAGCGCACAUCUCCAUGGACAAGCUGCCAUCGCCCAGCACCACCUACGAAUCAGACGUCGAACAGGAAAUUAGACUCUGAGACUCCUCUCCCUCUCUCUCUCUCUCUCUCUCUCUCUCUCUCUCUGACCAUCGCCCAGCAACACCUACGAACUGGACAACGAGCAGAUAAUCCGACUAAAGACUUCUCUCUCGCUGCAAGCACAUGCAUUCCUCAGCUGUCCAGGGGGCACUUACUGACUGAAUACUAAACUUGCUCUGGCAGUUUCUAAACCACAAAAAAGAACUUUGUAAGUUCACUGCACAUUAGAUAACGUAUUGCUAGUUUUUAAUGUCUAGAUACAGUCAAUUCUCAUUAAUACGAAUUUCAACGGACCAGCAAAAAAUCUCAUCAGUAAUUCGUAUUAUCAGGAAUCUAAAGCCAAAAUCAUCCUGUCAGGUCUUACAGAAGUUACAGCAACACAAGUCCAAUUUAAAUUACAGAACAAUGAAAAGUAUUUAACAUUUCAAAGUACUGUGCGUUUUUAUUGAAAAUACGGUUGUAAGUGAACUUUUUAAGAGUAUACGUAGCAAAUGAACUGCACUUGAAAGCUGCAUGUCCCAUUCUGAUCACAUUUUUAAACUACAAAAGCAAGGCGUCCUCAACAUCAGGGUAUUGAGCAAAUCAUAACAUUGAUGACUUGCAUCCACUGUUGCUGUUUAUAAGCCUGUGUGAUUGUAUCCCGUUUUUUAGAAUACUUGACAAAGUGUUUGUGGGAAUGUUGAAAUGUGCAGCAACAUCUUUCUGUUUCUUGUAUGGUGGUGCAUUAUCUACCACUUUCAACACCUCCACUUCAGUUUUUGUGGGAGCACUAUGGCAACACGAAAUGUAUCAUAGGAUCUGUAGUCCCCAAACGGCACUAAAAUACAGUACAGAGGUGCUAAUGUGGGCAAAUACAUUUCCCAAUAUCCUUUCCAUUCAGCUGUUUGAACAAGGGUGUUUUUUGUUUUAUUUUCUUCUGGAGGGAUCCAAAAUAAUUUGCAAUAACAGGAAAUUCAUGUUAAAUGAAUUUGUAUUAUAAGAAGUAAUGGCCUGGACCUUGUAGGAAAUUAGUCUAAUCUGAGUUCGUUUUAACAAGACUUCACUGUAUAUCGAGUUGCUAUUUUAUGUAUAAUAAUAUUCAGCAGUUUAGAAAAACAUUUAGGGUUAUAUAAACAACCUCUGUAGAAUGACUUUGAAAUGUUAGGCAUCUAACUGGAAAAAAAUGAUUUGAGUUUGUUUCUGUUUAAGUUACUCUAAAUGUUUGUUUGUUUGUUUUGGUUUUAUUAUAGGUACUAAAUCAUGUAUAUGAUGCAGUGUAAUAAAUAAAAGCUGUAUGGAAUUCUA